AUGUCUACAGCGUGGUUCCAGAAAACCUUUACGCUUCCCGCCAAGUCUCGCGGCUCCUAUCUCAUCACAGACCAGGUGGUUUCGUCUCUACCAGAGAUCAAGGAAUACAAAGUCGGACUUUUGAACCUAUUCGUCCAACACACUUCAUGUGCGCUUUCUUUGAACGAGAAUUGGGACAGCGAUGUAAGAGAAGAUAUGAGCGACGCACUUGAUAGGAUUGCCCCAGAAGAUAGGAAGGGCAAUCUAUACAGACACUCGGCGGAAGGUUUGGACGACAUGCCUGCACAUAUCAAGUCAGCCCUCAUCGGUGCUAGUGUGACGAUCCCUAUCACGGAUGGUGCCUUGAAUACUGAUAUGGCAGGCUUCAGCACGCCCACUCAAAAUGCCCGGACGCCGUCGCAACAGCAGCCGAAACAAAUGUCUUCGCGACUGCUGAACAUGAAGUUUAUGCAAAGAGCCGCUGCGACAACACCCAGCGCAACAUCUACCCCGACGGCUUCUGCUGCGCAGACGCCUACGACAGAACCACUUGCAAAACGCCGAAGAGUUGAAAGUACUACAUCCUCCCCGUCAGCCUCUACUCCUGGAACACCGUCAAAUGGCCUUCCUUAUCCUGGACUGUCGACCCCAACUGCGUCGCAAAACACAGGUUUGGGCGUUGCUCCAAGAGGAGGAACAAGCAGGUUCACCCGGUUCGAAGGUGCAGAUACAGAGUGGGUGCUGGAUGUGGAGGUCGCAUUCCCUGGAGACAACCGAAUGAAGCUGCCAUCUGAUAAGAUUGCAAAUGCCAAUGAUCAAGGGUCUGUCCCGUCUAGCUCGUGCUUUGGUGUACUCAACGGACGGAGUGAGGAAGAGGGAAGUGAGGAAGGCGAAGAGGAAGAAGACGAUAUUUGGAAUAACGAAUAUCCAACAGGCCGACAGACUUUUGGCUCAUUUGACAGGAAGCGAAAAUCCAGGGCCAGCACCCGCCAUGAUCAAGGCCAGGACGAAGAUGAUCAGGACCUGAGCUCGGCCUCGACCUCGGACUCAGACUCGGACUCAGAGCCAGACAUCCCCAAUUCGUCCAGCAGAUCAAGACCGGGACAAAGCAGAGGUGCCACAAAGCCCACCGCAGAAAUCGACUCGGACGAAGAGAUGAAUCGAGUCCGAAUGGCCAUUGAGCAGAAGCACCGGAGUAUGGCAGGCGGAGGACACUUAGCGAGGAAUGUCUCCAGCUCUGGCAAGUUCCCCUCUCUUCGUCACGAAGCUGGGGACUGGAAAUGCCGUGCGGAUGGAUGCUCGUUCUACAACUACGCGGACAAUGUCUACUGCAUGCGUUGCGGCACGCCGCGUGGGGAGUCUGCCAGCGCAUCUCUUGCUGGGUCUGCGGGCAUUUCCCGCAAGACAGACAAGGCAGGAAACAAACGGAAAGGGGGACCGCAAGGCCAGGAGGCGGGAAACAAAAAGCAAAAGAACAAGAAGGCGAGGAAGACGAUGUGA